AUGGAGUCCUCUUCGGAUAAGCAUUGGGCGCAAAAGUAUCUACUCGAUCCCUUGAAUGCGCCCGAACCCAGUGACGAGACGGGGCCUGGUUCAAAUUUUACUAGAGAUCCGUCGGUAACCAAAGGGUUUGCAACCUCAGUUGCCCACGAGAAAGAUUCAAAGUCACCAAGCGUUUCCACAUCCUCAAAAGGUGUCAUAACACCGUCUACUUCGGCCUAUCCUACGCCGCCAUCUUCGGCAAGCCCAACAAGAAGUACCUUCCAUCCAACAAACCCUUAUUCCUCCGCUUCGUCGUCGUCCCAUCGGCAAUCUGCUUUCGGUGGCUAUGCCAAACCAGGCCCUAGCCGCUUGAGCGGAGAGGAACCACUUGCGCAAGGCCCUGGAAGAAGAAGAGGCAGUUCUCUAGGAGAACGUUUCCCGGGUGAUAUGUCACAUAGGCCACUCGAUCAAAUACGCAGUCAAAACAAAGCAGCAAACCGAGCACCGCAUUUGCGAAAGAAGCACAUUCCAGGCGCUGAUACCAUUGACUCGCUUGACCGUUCCGUCUUCGGCGGUGCCUAUCACCAUGAAGGACCAUAUGAUGCCACUUUGCUUGCACGAAAUACUAGCUACCAAAGCUCUCCAGUUGCGGCAGUAAGAGAGUCGAAUGAAGAAGCCUUGAGAGCCACCCCGAGGGAAAAGAUUCAAGACUCGCUGGUUAAAAGGGUUCCACUCUCCGGUGUUGCCGUUAUUCCCCCAGGAAUGGCCGGAUUGGAUGGGAAAGUGAUGAAUUACAAAGAAGGCGCCGACUUAAUGCGGGAGCCUGACGCUCAAGGUGGGGCCUAUAAGAGGUGGGAGCAUGUUAAAUAUCUUCCAGAAGACUUGAAAGGCAAAGGAGAGCCUUCUUACUCUAUUGAGAAAGCACUUAAAGACCACAAACACUCCCACCGACGAAACGUCUCCGAAGGUCAAGGCUACGAGAUGCAGCCUCAACGUCGGAGACCUGAGAUUGCUCACCAGCGAAGUAUGAGCGGAAAUAACGUCCAUGAAUACGCACAAUCCACAAGCUCCUCAUUGAACGUGCCUCAAACCGAUAUGAACGUCCAGCGGAGUAACACGACUGGUCGUCGUGUUGGAGAAGGGUUAAAAAAGAGAUUUGGCAGUCUGAGGAGAAGCAAAAAAGCCGCUGCUGAAGUUUAA